CAUUUAUCUCGUGAGAGCCUGUGUGGCCUGCUGCUAUCUAUUGGAGCGCUUCCAUUUGGAACGCGUCCAGAACGGGCCACCGUGCGUCUUCUAUCUCGGAGGUGUGGACCCCGGUUGCGCCCACUCCCUAGUCCAUAUUUAAGAGCCCACUUCGGCGAAUUAGCUACAUAUUGAACUGUGCCACAGAGUCCAAUCUGACCACACUAUUCAAGAUGAGUCUCACACCAAAGGACAAGGCGACCGUCAAGCUCUUCUGGGGCAGGAUGUCCGGCAAGGCCGAGCUUAUCGGCGCCGAUGCUCUUUCAAGGAUGCUCGCUGUGUACCCGCAGACCAAGACUUACUUCAGCCACUGGAAGAGCCUCAGCCCUGGUUCCCCUGACGUGAAGAAGCACGGCAAGACCAUCAUGAUGGGCAUCGGAGAUGCUGUGACCAAGAUGGACGACCUGGAAAGGGGUCUUCUCACUCUGAGCGAGCUGCACGCCUUCAAGCUGAGAGUUGACCCCACCAACUUCAAGCUUCUCUCACUCAACAUCUUGGUGGUUAUGGCUAUUAUGUUCCCUGAUGAUUUCACCCCAAUGGCUCAUUUGGCCGUCGACAAGUUCCUGUGUGCUUUGGCCCUGGCUCUGUCCGAGAAGUACCGAUAAACUGAGAUCGGUCGGAUAUAGGCAGACAAUAGGAUGGAUGAAAGUAUCAGGUUCCUGUUGAGUCUUCUGUUGAAAAAAUAUGAAUAAAAGUUUGAAUCCCAUCA